AUGGCCACCGUCGCUCUUUCUGUUGCCCUCCUUGCCGGCGCCGCCGCCGCGCAGUCCUCCACCGUCGGCUUCGCGCCCACGCCCCUCGUAGACCUCGUCUACCCUCGCCCCUCCGACGCCCCCUACCAAGUUUUCGACUUCAACGGCCAUGACAUCUACACCGCGAACCAGGACUCCCUCUGCCAGACCAUCGUCCAGAACUCCAUCAUGGACUUUUGUCUCUGGGCCCUGCCAAGGUCUCCCAGAUUGCCGAUGCCGAGGGGCAUGCAGAUCCUCUUCGAUGGCGACGCCUACAUGAUGACCGGCAACAUCGACCAGACCAAGCUCAACAUGGUCGACGGUGACUUCGGUGGCGAGCUCGACUCCGGAGGACAGGAUGGCCGUGGUAACCCCAUGGCGGUCUCUUCUUACCAGACCCGUCACUGGACCGAAUUCAUCGGCAGCAACCAAUUCUGCUUCAAGUGGUGCGCCGACAACGGCACCAACCCGGAUGGCAAGUGCCAGCACACUCUUGACCGCAUCGGUCUUUCCUUCAACUGCCCCAGCAAGUACACCAUGGGCGGUGGAACUCCGGACGGCCUCUUCGAAGUCUGCGACUCCGGAUCCUUCCCCAUUCCCGGUGUCUACACCGACUCCGCGGGCGCCACCCAUGCCGCGUCGAGCAACUGCCAGACGUUCACCUCCGCCGCGCUCUUCACUGACGCCGUCUCUGCAAGCUCGGGUGGCAGCUCUGGUGUUUCCGGCACCAGCACCGGCACUGCGACGGGGAGCAAGUCUACAGGCACCGCGAAGCCGACCUCGUCGACGAACGGCACGAGCUCCGCCAACAACUCGGCGCAGUUGCCGUGA